GGGAGAUCCCAACCUACCAUACCCCACACUCAUCUUCCCUUUUUUAGCCCUUCUCUUCCUCAUUCAUACCCUCCAUUCCCCUCUCCUCCAUCUCAAACUCCAUUUCUCCCCUUCCCUUCUCCUCCACUCUCCUCCUACACACUUUUAAGGUGAGAAGUUUUUGUAGGUAAAAUGAAUUCAAAUUACGUUGACGAAAUGGACUGCGGCAGCUUCUUCGAUCACAUUGAUGACUUGAUCGACUUUCCGCCGGAGAACGAGUGCGCCGGUUUGGGCUCCGGCGAGGGCGUUAAUUUUCCGAGCAUGUGGAAAGAGCCGUUGCCGGAGUCUGACCCUAUUUUCUCCGGCACCGCCGCCAGUUCAGCUUCUGCUCUCUCCGCUGAGCUUUCUGUACCGUACGAGGAUAUCAUACAGCUCGAAUGGCUUUCAACGUUUGUGGAGGAGUCGUUCUCGGGGGGAGGACUCACCCUUGGCAAGGAAAACUGUCGCCUGAACCCUUAUCUCCCUCCAUCAUCUCAUGCUAAUAACAAAUUGCAGGCUGCCAUCUCUAGUCCGAUUUCGGUCCUUGAGAGCAGCAGCAGCACCAGUAGCAGCAGCUCCUCCUCCUCUAGCUCGGGAGGUAUUAUGGUAGCACCCCUGAGCCCGAACCAGCGUGGCCCGCAGCGUGCACGCAGUAAACGCCCCCGGCCUGUGUCAUUUAACCCUCGGUCCGUGAUGCAACUGAUCGAGUCCCCACCACAACUCCAGAGUUUUGUGGGCCCAGAAGAGAAGAAGCUCCACUCUAAGCCACCCGCACCUGAGCAGCAGAAGAAGAAGAAAAGGAAGAUUAAAUUCUCCAUGCCAUCGGGAUUGCCUCCUCAGCAGAAGGAGGAUCGUGAGGCGGGGGGUGAGAAAAUGUAUGCACUGUGAGAUAACUAAGACACCCCAGUGGCGGGCGGGUCCCAUGGGGCCGAAGACGCUAUGCAAUGCUUGUGGGGUCCGCUACAAGUCGGGAAGACUCUUCCCGGAGUACCGGCCUGCUGCUAGUCCUACGUUCGUUCCAUCGGUGCAUUCUAAUUCUCACAAGAAGGUUGUCGAGAUGAGGAACCGGUCACUGCCCGCUGUUGUGAUCACUCCAACCAUUGCCCAGCCCGAAGUCAAAUGAAAUCUAGCCGAAAAGAAGCAGAGCACAGUUUUCUUAGGCAGGAAAUUUUCCUAGCUGCAGUUGAAAGUGUUGUUAUUUGGUGUUUAAGGUUGUCCCAUAUUUCAUUGGUUCAUUGUACAGAACUGUUUGAGGGUAGAGAAACAUUACUAGCUUUUAUUGCCAUAUCUUAGCGAAAAUUGAAAAGGAAAGGAUUUAGGGGAUAGGAAACAGUUCUUUUUUUUUUUUAAAUCUAGUGUUUGUUUAGGUCUUUGAAGGAUUGCGAGUAAUAGGUUGUGUCAGUCUCAAUUCUUUUGUUAGACUAUGCUUAUCUUUGAUUUUUUUUCAUCUUUUGUCUUGGUUUUCUUGUGUAGAAUAUGUUCUUUGUUUUGUACCAAUGUUACCGGGAAUUAUUUUUUGCAGUUAUGAAUCUGUUAUUAGAAAAUUCUUAAAUUGUUUAUGGACCA